AUGCUCGAACCAUUAUCAAAGCCACACUUAAACAUUUGUGAUCCGGAUAAUCUUUCAGUGUUCAAGAAUAACGGAUGCUCAGAAGAUGAUCGACAACAUUGGGUUUCAACAAAAGGUGCAUUUCAUCAAAGUUUUGAUGAGCGAAAUCAGAAUAGUGUGGAAGAAUUUAGUAAUUCAUGCGUUGAUCUUAAUGAUCCGAAACGUUUUUCAAUGAAACGACGUUCGGCAUUUUCCAGUAGCGUAGCUCGAAAUAAUGCAUUUUCUUCCGGUUGCAGUGGGACAGCAAAUUCACCCGGUUGUUCAACUGCUACCGGUAAAGGUAAUAAUAUACGUACACCAGGUUUUGGUGGACGAUCAUUGCAGUCUUCACUAGAUUCAAAUGAUGUUGGACAAAUUUCAAUGAAUUUAAUGCGUGUUAAUGGAGCAAUUGCGCCAUUCAAAGCAUUAUUAACAAGUCUGACAAAUCCGCCUGAUCCAUUAUCACCUACCGCAUCAAUAAAAGCUGGUAGAAGUGCUUCAUCGCAAUAUCUUUCCGGUAGUGUUAGUCCAAAAAAACUUCAUAAAAUUGGCUCACAUUAUGUGCUGGAAAAUGCUAACCGGAAGGAAAGUAGCAUAACACGUUUAUUUGAUGCGCCAAUAGUUAAUGUUGAAAGAGAGCAAGAUUCAAAGAAAUCAUUAUCACUUGUACUUAGCGAAGAUUUGGAAGGUCAACGAAUAGCAAACGAUGAUUCGGAAAGUCCAUUAAUGAGGAGAAAAGAAACAAGUGGUGGUCGGUUAAUUAGACGUCAAUUACUGUUUCACGUACGACGCGUUACCAGUGAUUAUGCUCUAUUUUUUGCAGCAAUUGGAAUUGGUUUAAUGAUUAUUGACAAUGAAAUGAGCGCUGCAAAAAUUUAUCAACGAGGAUCAUACGCAAGUUUAAUUUUGAAAGCGCUAAUAUUGCUAAGUACAAUUAUUCUAGUAAUACUUGUUAUCAAAUUUCAUGUUCACGAAGUACAGUUAUUUAUGAAUGCAAACAGUGCAGAAGAUUGGCGAAUAGCUAUUACAUGGCAGCGUGGUUUGCAAAUUGUACUUGAAGUAAUGGUAUGCGCACUUUGUCCACUUCCAAUUGAUAUUAAUUUCUAUUGGACAGCAUCUGAUGGUGACACGAUGAAAACGGUAGAGUUACCACUCAAUGUCCUUUUAUCAAUUCCAAUGUUUUUUCGAUUAUAUUGGUUGUGUCGUGUUAUGUUAUUACAUAGCCGAUUAUUUACUGAUGCAUCCUCAAGGAGUAUUGCUGGUCUCAAUAGAGUAAAUUUUAAUGCUCGAUUUAUUUUGAAAACUCUAAUGACAUUAUGUCCUGGUACUGUACUUAUGAUAUUUACUGCAUCAUUAUGGAUUAUUGCUGGAUGGAUUUUAAGGUUAUGUGAAAGGCAUGAUACCGUUGAUCCGAUUAAUAUUCAUUCACAAAAACAUCAAGAUUAUCUUAAUUCAUUAUGGCUAAUUGCAAUAACUUUUCUUUCUGUUGGUUAUGGUGACAUUGUGCCAAAUACAUAUUGCGGUCGUGCAAUGGCUGUUAUUACUGGUAUUUUAGGUACAUGUACAUCAUCAAUGGUUGUAGCAGUAAUAGCUCGAAAGCUUGAAUUAACUCGUGCUGAGAAGCAUGUACAUAAUUUUAUGAUGGACACUCAGCUUACUAAACAACUAAAACAUACAGCAGCAAAUGUAUUACGUGAAACUUGGCUAAUUUAUAAACAUCGAUGUUUGGUUGAUAAAAUUGAACCAGCAAAAAUUCGCAUGCAUCAGCGCAAAUUUUUAGUUGCAAUCUAUGCAUUACGAAAGGUAAAACGAGAUCAAAGAAAAUUAGCGGAAAAUUCGGUUUCACUAGGUGAUGUCGCAAAGACAACAUCAAAUACAUAUGAAAUGGUACAUGAUGUUCAAAAUAGUCAAGAAGGCUUAUCACUACGAAUGACUGCUAUGGAAUAUCAAUUAGCUGAUAUUAAUCGUGAAUUAAGCGCAUUAGUUGAAUUUUUGAGACCAAAUCGAAUUUUAAAAAAUGCUACGCUUACAACAUCAGCAAUUAUUAAUUCAAAUGAUAAUGCUAUUAGAAGACGAUGUAAUGCAAUGGAAGUGGAAGUGGAAAGUUGA